AUGGAGGAAUACCUGUGGUCUGACAAUCCUCUGACAUACCUCCCCGAUAUCGAACUCAACCCUUACACUGCUCCUCUCUUCACCAAGCCAGGCAUCAACAACGCCAAAGCCGACAAGGCUAAAGUGGCCGAGUCUGGCGGCGCCAUCAACGCAGGCACCUUCACCGCGGACGCUUUGCACCUGUCCCAGGACGUAAGCUUCCUCGUAAGGCUAAAGAGCCUCAAAAAGGCUUUCCCGGACCUUCACUUGGAGAACAAGCCCUAUACGCAGAUCAUCGCUCAAGGGGACUGGACUGCCACGGUUGCUAUGCUGAGCGGCACGUUUAAGGGGUCUCUUGAGCUGCCGGCUUAUUUGGGCUCCCCGUCUGCCAAGCCUAAUGGCAAGAAGUUUGGUUUGCUUCAUUAUACUAUCUGCAGAUGGAAAAAUGGAAAGAUCUUGGAGAUGCGCAUCAAUGCUGAUGUCUUUGGUAUUGUUGGCUGGCUGGGGAUUCCGCUCGAAUGA